CUUUAUAGUCUUUACGCGAGGAAAAAAUAUUUUUGGAUUGUAAAACUUACUGUUAGGUGUCAUUGUAAUUUAUAGGUAAGUCUUCAUAUGCAAUAAUUUCCACGUGAUCCGUUCUUUCGAUCGCAAUCGAUAUCGCGUUUUUGUAUUUCUGAAAAAGAGAACAAUAAUUAUAAAUUUCAUAAAUAAUCAUUAUUUGAAAAACACAGAAGUACUUGUUAGACAUACUCUGUCGUUUUUGUUUUGUUUUUAUUUGAAAGAUCGAAUUGGUAUUAUAACGAUUAGAUAACGAUUAGAAUAAAAUGAUUAUAGUAUUAACAAUAAGAUUAUUGUAACACUCGAAACUCGAUAGUAACAUAAAGUAAUCGUCAUUUAAUAAACUAACGCGCAUUUAACGUUUGAAAAAUAAAACAGUAUGUAUAGAUUGAUAAUGUGUAACGAUUUAUAAUUAAUGUAAUAAUUUCAUGCGAAUGAAUUUAAAAAGAUUUUCAAAUCUUUCACGAUAAGGAAUUGUUAUCUACGAAUACGUGUGACUCUCUCCGCACGUUGAUGGGUAAUGAGUAUUUAUAUUUUCCUCGAUAUUGAAAUUAAAUGAACGUGUUUAUAUUGGCGUGUACGUAUCUACGUACAUACACAUGUGUAUGUAGGUACAAUAUAUACAUAACGAAUGUAAACAAGUCAGGUUGACCUAUAAGGAACGCGUAUAUUACAUGUGUAUAUUUAUGAGCCUACAUUAAUCAUGAUUUAACAUCAAUUUUCAAUUUAACAAAGUUUUUUUCUGUAACAUAAAUAUGUACAUAUACAAAUGACGACGAAGUUACUUACUUUUAGUACGAAAAAAGAUCGGGAUAGGACGAAACAGUUACUAGUAAGACGAUCGAUAUACACAUCGUAGAAAUAUAUAGAUGAGUCAUCGGGGAUCGUACGAAAUACCCAUUACGUGAGUGCGUAUUUAUUAUUAUUUAAGAAAAGGAAAUCUCGUUAAAGGAAUCUCAUCUCGCAAAGAGGAAGCACGUUCGAUGAAAGCACGUUUAUCUAUGUAAGUAAGAUACAUGUACGAAGAUGCAAUAUACAAGAUCUGAUUCAUUCGUAUCGUAAGGGUAUUAAAAGAAGAAAAAAAAAAGAAAGAAAAAAGAAAUAAACUCCAAUAUUGUUUUUCUUCAAAGGUUCAUUAAAUUCGUGAUAUAACAUACUUUAUAUCGGUUUCUAUGGGAUACGGGAAGAAGGCUAACGAAGGUUUGUAAAACUAUAUAGAUAGAUUGUAAUCAUUGAAGGGGAUUUAUAGAUUGUUAAGCGAACGAACGAGGUGUAAGCUCGCACGAGAGAUUUACGUACGUUUCUAUCUAUGUUUGUGUCUUUACAUAUAUAUUAAUAUGCAUGUGUUACAGUAGUACAUAAAUACGUAUGUAUUGCAAGUAUGUAUGGGAUAUAUGUGUAAGCGAGUCGUGCUUUUACUUGGAAGCCGAUGCAGCUGCGACCCUAUGACGAUGGAAAAAUUUUGUUUGCGCAGCUUGUCAGUAAGGUGUUUGCGUUUACGCGUUACUCUUUUCAUCAACCGGUAUAUAUAUAGAUAUUCUAGAUAUAUAAAUGUGUGUAAGCGCGCGCACAGUAUUGGUUAUGCUGCUAGGGUAGACUCUUAUCGGAUCGUCGACACCCCUAGUACGAGAACGAAAGCCACAGCAGCGUUCGUUCGCUCUAUCGCCAAGAAGAUGAUGGAUGUAUCCAACUUUGAUAUGCACACGACGUAUCUUACGCGAUCAUUAAGCAUUUCUGAAAAUAAAUAUACUUGCUAUAUUAUGUCAGUAUAGGUCGUUUGACGAGUUGUAAGACGUUCGCUCGUUAUCGUCAUUUGAAAAUGAAAAGCCACUAUUAAUUGUGACUGUAUUAUGUUUCUUUUUCGGACAUUUAAUGAUAAGUGAAAGAGAGAAAGAGAGAGAAAGAGAGAGAGAGAGAGAGAGAGAGAGAGAGAGAGAGAGAGAGAGAGAGAUCAAUAAUGUCGAUAAAAUACACACACUCACAUACACUCACUAUCGCGAAUAAUUAUUAAAAAAUAUACCACAAAUACAUAUUCUACUCUUGUACGUUUGUUACAUUAUCUUACUUUCCCUUCCAUUUUUCUUUCAUGGUUUCUUCCACGACAAGACUUCCUGUCAAAGAUAAAGACGUACUUUUUAUCAUAGUAAUUAAGUUUGGAUAUCGCUAGUGUACGAAGCUGUAUAUCGUGUGACGCUUAUACACAUUCGAGGAGAACAUCUGUCAUUUCUCUAUGCAUAGUAAGCGACUCAUCGCGAGAUUGUAUAUAGGAUAGAAACAAUACGUCCUAUAGACGUUCUGCGCUAUCAAACAAAUCUCCUAGUCUAUAUUUUAUCGUGUUCCCUGACAGAAGCGAUUAUUUCGACCCUUUCGAGUGGCGUAAGCAGAAGCAUAUACAUCGUGGGUCUUCCCUUUCAAAUAAUUUGUCGCUUUUCGAUACCUCUUUACAAAUUUCUAUCGAAUAUCUAAGAUCUCGUAAAUUUCAAUGAAAUUACAAUGAUUACAACGAUAUGAAGUGCAAUUUGAAAAAAGAGAUUGAAUCAGCGAACAAGAUGCGAGCAACUUUUUGGACCGAUACAAAAUUACAUCCACCCGUCACGAUUCAUGUCAAAUCUCCUAAAAGCAAUCUACAAUUAAGUAGAUUCGAUACAUUGAAGACAGACGUAGAAAAUCCAGAAGUAUCCGAUUUGAACGUAUCUUUGGUGAACAAUUUUAAUCCGGCUACCGAUAGUUUUCACGCGUCGGUCAAACCAAUCAUUUUGUUGGCGAAUUGCUUUUCGAUGCUUCCAGUUUCCGGUGUCAACACUCCGGAUGCAUCUUAUCUAAAAUUUACCUGGUAUAGCCCAAAAUUAUUGUACACCAUCGCAUCCUUUUUAGGUGCAAUCGUUAUGACUAUAUUCAACAUUCUACAAUUCACUAAGACGGGCAUAAAUUCCAUGAAGACGACUAGUUUAGUUUUUUAUGGCACCUCUCUAAUCGCGUCUCUCCUCUUCCUGAAACUCGCCAAAUUAUGGCCUUGCUUGGCGUUAACGUGGGAAAAAAUCGAACGAGAGUUCAUGUUUAGACAUCGGAGAGUUUCUCGAAUAAGUCUAGCUGGUAGAUUUAAAUUAAUUACCGCCAUCGUGAUGACCCUCGCAAUGAUCGAGCAUACUUUAUCUGUACUUAAGGGCUUCUCUUAUGCAAUGACAUGUGUAAAAUAUCGAAGUGAUUCCGACGUUAUCGCAGAGUAUUUUGAAUCGCAAUUCCCCCAGGUAUUCUCGCAAAUGUCCUACAGUUUAUGGAAAGCUAUAUUAGUGGACAUAAUUAACAUGUUAAGCACCUUCUCAUGGAACUUCGUCGAUCUUUUCUUGAUCCUCGUAAGCAUGGCUCUGGCAGAUCAAUUUCAACAAUUGAAUAGUCGUCUUAAUUCCGUUAGAGGAAAGGCGAUGCCGGACUGGUGGUGGGCCGAGGCUAGAAACGAUUACAAUCAUCUGGCUAGUUUGACUAGGCGAGUCGAUUCUCAUAUUUCAACGAUCGUUUUUCUAUCGUUUGCGACCGAUCUAUACUUCAUUUGCAUUCAACUGUUAUUCUCUUUCAAUUUGCAACGCAGUCACAUACAGAAGAUCUACUUUUGUUUUUCCUUUGGAUUUCUUGUCACGAGGACCACGGCUGUAUCCUUGUAUGCAGCUUCCGUUAACGACGAGUCCCGUUUGCCGGCACCAAUACUUUACAGCGUUUCGAGUGCCAACUAUUCUACAGAGGUAAUGAGAUUUUUGACACAAGUCACGACCGACAGUAUAAGCUUGACCGGAAUGAAAUUUUUUUCUGUUACGAGAGGCCUCGUCUUGACCAUUGCGGGUACUAUCGUCACAUACGAGUUGGUAUUGGUACAAAUAAACAAUAUACAACAAACGAUCCAGUCUAACAUAACGAACAUUUGCGAGGUGGACGAAGAACAACUAUACAGCAAUGGGAGUACCGUUUUACUUUGAUCAUUUAUUCUGGCGGUCAAUAAGGUUACGGCACACGUUCGAAGAAUGAGGAAGGCAAAGGAACUGAAGAAGUAGAGGUUACUCAAAA